CGGCGUGGGGACACGGAGCUGGUGGGAUCGCGCCAUGGCCUUGGCCGCUCUCCUCCUCGCGGUGCUCGCCCACAGCUCAGGUUCCCUGGUCCAGGCAGCGCUGACUCAGCCGCCCUCGGUGUCAGCGAACCCGGGACAAACCGUCCAGAUCACCUGCUCUGGGAGCAGCAACAACUAUGGCUGGUACCAGCAGAAGGUCCCUGGCACUUCCCCUGUCACUGUGAUCUAUGCUAACAACAAGAGACCCUCGGGCAUCCCUUCGCGCUUCUCCGGAUCCCAGUCUGGCUCCACGGGCACGUUAACCAUCACUGGGGUCCAAGCCGAGGACGAGGCUGUCUAUUACUGUGGUGGCUGGGACAGCAGCAGCAAUGCUGGUCACCAUAAUGGAAGCACCGACUGUCCGUUCCAUCCUCUUUGUGCUGCUGGUUCUCCUCGCAGGACCCUCGUGCUCUGGCACUGGGCUCUGUGUCCCUCUGUGGCAUCAUGGCCUUUGGGUUCCCUGGUCCAGGCAGCGCUGACUCAGCCGCCCUCGGUGUCAGCGAACCUGGGACAAACCGUCCAGAUCACCUGCUCUGGGAGCAGCUACAGCUAUGGCUGGUUUCAGCAGAAGGUCCCUGGCACUGCCCCUGUCACCGUGAUCUACUGGAAUGACAAGAGACCCUCGGGCAUCCCUUCGCGCUUCUCCGGAUCGAAGUCUGGCUACACUGGCACAUUAACCAUCACUGGGGUCCAAGCCGAGGACGAGGCUGUCUAUUACUGUGGUGGCUGGGACAGCAGCAGCAGUGCUGGUUCCCUGGUCCAGGCAGCGCUGACUCAGCCGCCCUCGGUGUCAGCGAACCUGGGACAAACCGUCCAGAUCACCUGCUCUGGGAGCAGCUACAGCUAUGGCUGGUUCCAGCAGAAGGUCCCUGGCACUGCCCCUCUCACCGUGAUCUACUGGAAUGACAAGAGACCCUCGGGCAUCCCUUCGCGCUUCUCCGGAUCCCAGUCUGGCUCCACGGGCACGUUAACCAUCACUGGGGUCCAAGCCGAGGACGAGGCUGUCUAUUACUGUGGUAGCUGGGACGACAGCAGCAGCUAUGGUGCCCUGUUGACAAAGAGCAAUGGGGAAGCGAUACCAAAACCUCCCACCAUUGCAGGGGCCAGUUCGGAGUCUCUUUUUUUUAUACCCGUUUGUUGGUCUCAAUGUCCCAGCCAUGUCCCUGCCCUUGCUGCCCUGUGCUGCAGGUGGCUGUGCCCGCUGUCCCGGCUCAGCCGUUGUUAG